GCUCGCUUCAUCGUAAAAACGCCACCCGAGGGCAUUAUGUAGCCGCACUGUGGUAAAGGCACUACUUAAUUAAUCGUUCACCUCUACGCAUCCUGUUAGAGAACAGAUUGGAACGAAAAUACUGACUAGCUUUCUACAUAACGACAAAAUUGUUGAGCUAGCGAAUAUGUCGGAUGAUGUGGAAGAUGUAUCGUUUCUGCCAGGUGAUAGUCUACACCGGAAAGCUGUGUAUGAGCCAUCUGUUAAACAAAAGUGUCGCCAACUUGUUUUGGGGAAGGGUCGAGCUACAGCAAUUGUUGUCUGCAUUGCGAUCUUCAUUCUAGUGAUCACACUCAUUGCAGCAUUUGCGAGGCCUGGAUCCCAGCCUCCUCAACCAUGUUUCCAGCCUCAUGCCGCACCAACAACUGAUCAGCCCCAGGUUUCCCCUAAACCUAACGAAACAAAGUACUUGGCAACAGAUGGAGAAGUGUUUCCAUGGCAACAGAUUAGACUGCCUAGGUCUGUCAUCCCUUUAGAGUAUGAUGUGAUGAUUCAUCCUGAUUUUCUCACAGAAAGGAAAACGUUCAAAGGUAGUGUCCGGAUCAAGGCAGUGGUUAUGAAAAAGACAGAGAUGAUAAUUUUUCAUGUGAAAGAUUUGACCAUAACAAACGUCACUGUGCAGAUUCAGCAUAAAGAUGGAGGUCUGCUGCGAAAAUGUGAUGUAAAAAUGCAGCUGAAAUGUGAAAAGCUUCAGAUGUAUGUUCUUAUGAUGGCUGAAACGCUAAUGGAGGAAACUGAAGUUACAGUGACUUUGAACUUUGAUGGCAUGUUGGUGAAAAAACUAUCAGGGUUUUACCUCAGUAGCUACAAGACACCAGAAGGAGAAGUGAAGUAUCUCGGCACAACCCAGUUUGAGUCAACAGGUGCAAGAGAGGCAUUUCCCUGCUUUGAUGAACCAGACAUGAAAGCUAAGUUCACCAUGUCCCUCGUUCGUGACCAGAAUAAGAUCUCGCUGUCCAACAUGCCACGUCUUACUUCAACCCCAUAUGAUAAGUCCAUGGGUCUCAUUGUUGACAAGUUCCAGCAGAGCGUUGCCAUGAGUACCUACCUCGUAGCCUUCAUUGUGUGUGACUAUGAUAGGGUAAAUGGGACCACUGAACAAGGCACAAAGGUGAGUGUGUAUGCGCCACCCCACCAGAUUAACCAAGCAAACUUUGCCUUGGACACAGCCAUCAAAGUUCUCAACUUCUACAACAAACUGUUUGGUAUCAACUACCCUCUACCUAAACAGGAUCUUGUGGCUAUUCCCGAUUUUGCUGCUGGUGCUAUGGAGAAUUGGGGUCUGAUCACAUAUCGUCUGACCACAAUUUUAUAUGACCCAGAAGUGUCGUCUGCUCGUGACCGACAGUAUGUUGCCAUAGUGAUUGCCCAUGAACUAGCACACCAGUGGUUCGGUAAUUUGGUGACCUUGAAGUGGUGGAAUGACCUUUGGUUGAAUGAAGGUUUUGCAUCUUUUGUAGAGUAUUUGGGGGCAAAUGAAACUGACCCCUCCUUCUCUAUGAUGGAUCAGUUUGUGUUGAGUGACCUGAUGAGAGCGAUGUCCAGAGACUGUGUCCAGAGUUCACACCCUAUCACAGUAGAUGUGAAGGACCCUGCUGAGAUUGAUGAACUUUUCGAUGCCAUCUCCUACAGCAAGGGAGCAUCCUUAAUCCGUAUGCUGAGUGACUUUAUGGGCAAGGAAAAGUUUCAAGAUGGAAUAAGAAAAUAUCUCAACACAUACAAGUAUGGCAACGCUAGAACAGAGGACUUGUGGGAUAUCCUCACGGACUUCACACAGAUUAACGUGUCCACCACAAUGGAUACCUGGACCAAACAGAUGGGUUACCCAGUCAUCACAAUGAACCACACUGGAGAGUUUGUACAGGUCACACAAGAGCGAUUCCUUCUAAGCUCAGAUGUUAAGACGAAAGAGAAAUACCCAAGCCCAUUCAAUUACAAGUGGAAUAUACCAUUCAGGUAUGCUGUGGCAAAGACAAGUGGUAUCUCCAACCAACUCCUCACCAUACACCCAGACUCUGGAGUGAAGUUUCCAGCUGAUCAUGACCAAGUAAAAUGGCUGAAGGGUAAUUAUGGGAUGUAUGGUUACUACCGUGUCAACUACGAGGAGAGAAACUGGCGAGCUCUUAUAAAACAACUCAAUGAAAACCACACGGUGUUUUCAGCAGCUGACCGAGCAGGUCUAAUAGAUGAUGUGUGUAACCUGGCCAGGGCUAAAAAGGUACCACAAACCCUUGCCUUAGACAUGACUAAGUACCUUCUAAAUGAACAGGAUUAUCUCCCCUGGAGUGUAGCACUUGAUUGUCUGAAUUACAUUGGAGAACGUCUCCGAAGUAAAGCUGUUUAUGACAAGCUCCAGAAAUACACUGUAAGCUUUGAUGAAACAUGUACUGGAAAAACUUGGCUGGCAGGACACAGGGCCACAGCUGGACAAAUUUCUGCGAGCAGCAGUGAUUAACCAAGCAUUAGCAUUUGGGCAUAAACCAACUAUUGAAAAUGGCAAACACAUUUUUGAAAAUUGGAUGUAUCGUUAUGAAAAAGUAAACCUGAACUUGAAGAGUGUGAUUUAUAGAGCUGGGGUACAAUAUGGAGGACUUCCUGAAUGGGACUUUAUCUGGAAAAAGUACCUCAAUGCUAUUGUUCCAUCGGAAAA